AUGUCUUCGAGAACCCUUAUCGCAGAUGGCCUAUGGUAUUGCCUCUGUCCGUUGUACAAACAAGCGCCAUUGAGGUGGUCAAGAUUUCCAUUGCGGCGGCCGAAUCAGCACCACGGCGAUGCGGUCUUUAAGGCACGAUGCUCCGCCGCUCGACCCUUUUCUUCUACAUCACAGGAGACCUUACUGUCGACAGAACAGAAAUCGGAUUAUUCUGCGGAUGAUGGGACUUCCGAUGAACUAAAUAGAGCAGACCUGCUUAGAGAGAUAGAGCAUGCCGUUUCCAGAAACAACCCAAAGAAACCAAUAUCGAGGGAAACGUUCAAACAAUUCACCGAAAUCCAUCCAUCACUCCGAAAACUACACUCUCAUGAGGCCAUAGAGAGUAUGCUUCGCAAGACGGCUGAGUGUAGCCCAAAUUAUAGGCGCACUAUGAAACUGAUGAGAGAGCUGAUCCGGAGACGUGGCUGUGAUCCGCAAACAUGGCAUUACACUGUUAUGAUAUCGGCGAAUGCGGACGCGCUGAUGGGGUCUCCAAGACAUGUUCGAAAGCUGCUGAACGAGAUGCAAGAAUAUAAUAUACCAAUUGACUCCGCGACUCUUCAUGCAGCGUUGAGGGUCCUUGCGAUACACCCCGAUUACAUCUUGCGACAGAAUAUCCUUCAUAUUCUACGGGAUCGAUGGCUAACAAUUUCGCCGGAGGGUUGGCAUAAUGUUGUAGCAGGACUCAUUCGGGAGGGCCAGUACGAAAUGGUGUUAGACCAUCUCUCGCGCAUGCAAGCUCAACAUAUCCCCAUCGAGCCAUGGCUAUAUAGUCUGUUUAUAUACAAUCUAUGCAACGCAGAAGAGUACGAUAUGGUCCUAGAGUUGAUGGUUAGCUGGACAAAUAGCGGCAAUGAACUCUCCCCGAACCUUUGGUUUCAUGUGCUUGUUGGAGCCAGCGAGGCAUUCCACGAAAAAUGCGUGACCUAUAUAUGGAAACAGCGUGUGCAGCAAGGGCUCAUCAACCCACCCUAUGGCGUUUUCAACAAUAUCCUCAUAAUGACAUCACGAACUGGCAAUACAUGGCUAGCCCACGAAGUGUUCCGAGUUAUGCACGAGCGAAAAGCAAUUUUUCUACUGGAAGACUACCUCUGCCUCAUUGACACCUUCCUCGCCGCUGACGACCUUGAGAGUGCCCUUCGCAUAUUAUGUCCCGCUCAAAAAGCGACCUUCAAGCUCGACGAGACCGCCACACGAUCGAUCGUCACCUACUGUAUCGAAAAAAACAUCACGCCCCGCAACAUCUGGGCGACGUUAGUAAAACUGAAGGUAAAGGACCUCCAAGAUGUACCCUUAGCAGCUGUGAAUGCCGUGAUCGAAAUCGCAGUCCACCACAAGACAAUGACGGUAGCGGUGGAAUUCUACAAGGCGCUAACAGAGGUGUUUGGCCACCGGCCAGCUGCGGCAACCUUCAACUCUCUAAUCUACGGCUGCCGUGUCACAAGCUCCCAUGAGUUGGCCAACUUUUUCGUGCAGGAGAUGGUUCAGCUCGACAUCUUCCCGGACCGGAUGACGUACGAGCACCUGAUACUGCUGUGUGUAGAUGCAGGGCGGUUCCGCGAGGCACACAAAUACUUUGUUGAGAUGAUGGAGAGCGGGUUUUCGUUGACGCCUAUUUCGAAGAUUCAUGUUCGGACAAAGUGUUUUGAUUCUGAGGAUAAGUAUGCUAAGGUCUUGCAGCUCUCGGAAUUGUUGGUAUUAUUUUUACCGAGGAUAAUAGAUCUUGAUGCUUUGCAGGGCAUCAUUUUGAGAGCGCAAUUCCAUGCCUCAAUUCUCCGCCAGAUAAUAGCCGGCCCUCGCUUGCGACAUCCAGAAGCUGGUCUUGACUUGUGCUAUGUCACCGACGAAAUAAUCGUUACCUCUGGCCCGUCCUCUACCUACCCACGUCGCGCCUACCGCAACCCCACAGACUCCCUUGUUCGCUUUCUAGACCUGAAGCAUGGUGAGAACUGGUCAAUAUGGGAAUUCCGCGCGGAGGGCUCGGGGUACCCGGAUGAAGAGGUCUACGGACGUAUCCACCACUUCCCAUUUCCAGAUCACCACCCGCCACCCUUCGCCCUUAUCCCACCUCUUAUGGCGAGUAUCAGAAAUUGGCUAUUAGAAAAUGAGAAUAUUAAGGAUGGCCAGGAUGUUAAGGAUGUUAAGCAUGCCAAUGCUGCCAUAGUGGAAGGGGAACGGGAGGAUGCGAAAAGAAAACGAGUAGUUGUCAUGCAUUGCAAGGCGGGCAAAGGGCGGAGUGGGACUAUUGCCUGCAGCUUUUUGAUCAGUGAACGUGGAUGGGUGGCUGAGGAUGCCUUGAGGCAGUUUACGGAGCGGAGGAUGAGGGUUGGGUUUGGCCAGGGGGUGAGCAUCCCCAGCCAGCUGCGGUGGGUGGGAUAUGUGCAGCAGUGGACGAAUGAGUUACGGAAAGUUUAUGUGGAGAGGCCGGUGGAAAUUUUGGAGGUGCAUAUAUGGGGUUUGAGGGAUGGGGUGGAGGUUGAGAUUGAAGGAUUUGUGGAAGAAGGCAGAAGGAUUAAGAGUUUUCAUAAGUUUCAUCGGUGUGAGAGGAUUGUGAUGGGUGAAGAGAGAGAUGGGUCGACAGAGGAAGAAGGGGAAGGGAAACAAAAAAGAAGAAUUGACGCAAAGAGAGUGAAGACGUUGAUGAAACAAGGAAAAGAGGAGGAGGAGGAAGGUAAGGAUGAUAAUAGAUCUAAAUUAAACGACACUGAAACCCUGCCAGGCGCAAACAAUCCAAAAACAACCACUCCGCAAUCUCGCUCAACAUUCUCGCCGGCCUCCAGGUCCUCUUCGUUUUUCCAACCAGUAACCACACCGAAACCAUGGAGUAAAAUGAUGCAAAGCAUCAUCACCAACUCCGCCAACGUCGACGCCAUCAUGCCAGCCGUAAUUCUCCGGCCAAGCAAAAGGGUUAUUCUCCCUACCUCUGAUGUGAACAUCAGCAUCCAUCGGCGCACCAUGUCCACAUACACGGGGUGGACGAUCGUCACAUCCGUCGCACACACGUGGUUCAACGCAUUCUUCGAAGGCGGGGAUGUGUAUGAUUCAGGAGUUUUUGAAGUUGAUUGGGAUGCCUUGGAUGGCAUCAAGGGGACGUCUAAUAGGGGGAUAAGGGCCUUUGAUAGGUUGAAGGUUGUUUGGCGCUAUGCAGAAGCACAGGGAGAACCUGAGGAUGAGGGGGUAAUAUCAGCUGCUGGAGGGAAGCUUAUUCUGGAACCCGCGCCGGGUGAGCCAGUUGCUGAAGGGCAUGCGGCGGACUGGCGUGGUGAGGAGCAGCAGGGAGAAGGUGGAAUUGACCCCAAUGCUUCGAGUGAGGAGUUGCUACAGAAGUCUUUGCCAUCGCGCCCGGGUCAGGGUGGGAUCGGAGAAGGGAACAAGACGUAG